AUGGGCCGGAAUUCCGAUUUAGUUGCCGUACCGGUGACCGCUUCAAACUUCAUUGACUUGGCACGGUCUGGAUUUUUCAACGGGCUCCACUUCCACCGAGUUAUCCCUGACUUCAUGGCCCAGUUUGGCUGCCCCUUCUCCAGGGAUCCGCACUGCAAAAGAGCUGGAAGUGGCGGUCCGCGUGACGGGAGUUUCCCAAACCUCCAGACCGGGGCAGCUGAAAGGCGCUACAAUGGCGGCAACAUUCAGGAUGAGCUGAUCUCCAAAGACAGCAAUGCACCCGGGACACUUGCCAUGGCAAACUGUGGCCAGCCGAACACAGGCGGCUCUCAGUUCUUCAUCAACGUGGCAGACAACAGCUUUCUCGACUGGUUCUCUCCAGGUACAUCAAAACAUCCGGUGUUUGGGAAAAUUACCAGCGGCUACGACGUGGCGGUGCGACUCUCCAAAGUAGAGACGCAGGAUGACGUGCCGACCAAGCCGAUACAAAUGCUGGCUGUGAGCAUUGUAGGCAAAACGCCAUCGUAG